CGGAGCUCUCAGGCCUGGGCGCCGCCAUCUUGAACGGAGGGAUAGGGCUUCAGCGGCGUCCGAGCAAACGGAGCCGUACACGCGAGGGUCGCGUAACAAAAGGGCAGCGCCUUUCUCGUGGCCCGACGGUGGCAGAGAAGCAUCAUGUUUCCCAUCUUGGUGGUUGUCCGGCGUGGGCUUUUCCGAGGCGCUUUGGGCUGCAGCCUUACCUGGCCUCAGAGCAUGAAGGCAGGUGUCCAGCAGCUUCAGGAGACAGCAAAGAAUGUGGCCAGUCUAGUGGCAGAAGAGCCAGGAGAUAAAAAGAAGAGUGAGUUCAGCCUUUUCCCCCCAGCUCCAGGAAGGGAGAGUUCUAUGAGAUGGGCUGGAAAGCCAUUUGAAGAGAUCCCAAUAGUUCACAUCAAAGCAACUUAUAACAACACUCAUGUCCAGGUUACGUCGCAUGAGAAUGUCCCAUUGGCCCUGUCCACCUGCGGCACUGAAGGGUUCAAGAACGCCAAGAAAUCCAGUGUCAUUGCUGCACAGGCAGCUGGGAUGGCUGCAGCGGCCAAAGCCAAGGCAAAGGGCGUGUCCCAUGUCCGCAUUGUCAUGAAAGGCCUGGGACCUGGGCGAAUGGCAGCCAUCAAAGGAUUAACCAUGGGCGGCUUGGAGGUGAUCUCCCUUACAGACAAUACGCCAAUUCCACACAACGGCUGUCGGCCUCGAAAGGCACGGAGGCUGUGAAGCAACAAGCUUGCAUGGCAGGCUGAAGAAAGAGACUGUGUUCUAUUCCCUUGCACAUCUGGUUCUGAGGUGGCAGUGCUGUUCCAUCCCACUGUUCCCAUUAUGCAGCUAUCAAAACAGACACAAGCUUACAGUUUGCCCCUAGCAAUACAACAGGAGAAUAUCUUUUUCAUCUUCCGAAUGAGAAAUGUCUAUAAAGCCUGGAUGUUA